AUGUCUGCAGAACAUCAUUCGCAUCCGCGACACGAUGAGAUCUCUUUCGACUCGGAAAUGCAAUCUUUCUGGCACAGGUUUGAGCAAAUACAUCACCAUCAACGUCGUGAAGGCACAAAAUUAAAUCUUCAAAAAAGCGACGACGAGAAUGCGCGUGCGCACGGGUCGGAGGAACUCGAACGCGUGUUGGAUAAAGUGCACGCGUCCGAGGAAGAGAAUAGACGUUUAAGACGGGAAGUUGACGAGCUCAGUAUCAAGUUACAACGACGAAAAGUAAACAAAAGGCUUUCAUCCAUCAAAAAUCAAAAACAGCACGAAAAAGGAGAAGAGGACGAGGAAGAUUUUUUCAAUUACGAUUCGCUUCCGCUCUAUUCUGAAUACGUCAAAAAGCGACAACGUCAGCGAACAGAAGGGUGA